AUGACCAGGACAAGCGCAAUUGUAGGACCACUCAUAAUCAACAAAGGGAGGGACCAUUCGAGGACUAGGAGCUCUGCAUCACGAUAUACCCUUCAAUCAAGCGGAAAGUCCUGCCGAUCUCCUUCCUUAAGAUCACAGAGUCAAAUAUCGCCGCCAUUAACUCCACGAACAUCACGCGAACACGUCCAUCCCUCGCUAGAAUUGACACCCGUUUUCCACAACUAUAUUCGAGCCUUUUACCAUUUCCAUCCAAGUACCACGGUCAGUUCUGCUGGAGACGAGUCGUCCAUCACCGUCCCCAUCAACCAAGGAGAUGUGAUUCUGGUUCACUCUAUCCAUCCGAAUGGCUGGGCUGAUGGUACAUUGGUCGCAGAUGGUUCGAGAGGCUGGCUACCAACAAACUACUGCGAAGUUUAUGACCCCUCACAAAUGCAAAAGCUGUUAACGUCCCUUACACAUCUCUGGGAUCUGGUCAGAGUGGGCGAGAAUGGUGAUUUGACGGCAUUUGCAAAGCAAGAUUAUGUUAGAGGCAUGAUUGGAGGCGUCCGCUUCUUGCUGGAAACCUCGCAAUGCUUGACAAGAGAUGAUCUACUCGUGCAGUCACACGAGGGACUCCGAAAAUUCCGAAAGGGUCUUCUCGGAGAUUUGUCAACCCUAGUAAAGACCGCCAAGAAGCUACAAGCACUUUUGCUUGAUGGCGUCGCCGACAACACCAUCUACGACAUGCUCGACGACCUUGUCUUCAAGGCUCUUAAACUCGUCGCUCGCGCUGUGAGGUUUCUGGACUUAUGGACAAACGAUGCCGUUAGCCCUGGAAAUCAAGUCCAGGAGCCUACCUGCAUACAACGGCCUUUGACACCACCGAACGAAAUAUUCCCCGACCCCGCCACAUCAACAGCUGUUGCUCUGGCACAACAACCUGGCACCUCUAACAUUGCAGAACAAACUCAUAUCAGUCAUCAACCACCUGCAACCGCAUCAACAACACCGACACCUGUUCACAUCAGGACCCCAACGUCUGUAACGCCACUUACGACUUCACCGCCAUCCAAUCGAUGGUCAACAUCACACCGCGUGUCGUAUAACAACAAAUUAUCUGGUGUACGGAAUGGUAAUCUCGCUUCUGAACGUUUGUGCCAGGCCCACGAUUCCUUCCUUGGUUUCAUUGGGUCUUUCAUUGGGAUACACUUACAAUCGCGCUCUGCUGCGGAGCUGUUGCAGACAACACAACAAUCCGUACUCGCCUGUGAAGAACUCCUCGCUGUUGUGGACGCUGUUUGGGAACGAGACAGACAACAAACUGUGUCCCUUUAUCUCGCCAAGACCAAUAUGCGGUCACAACUAGUAGAACUAGUGAAGGCGACCAGAGCAUUGUUCAAUACGUGCGAUGAGGACAAUGGUGACGACUUCUUUACUCCUGACCAGGGAAAACAGCUCGUCGCAGCCGCCACCGAUUGUGUCCGUGCUGCUGGAGAAUGCGUCACGAGUUCAAGAUGUGUGAUCGAAAUCAUUGGCGAUUUCGAUUUCGAAUAUUCCACACAGGAUCUCGCUACUGCUAUUCUCCAAAACCUCGACCACGCGACCACACAGCCACCGCAACUAUGCGAUGAACCCCUCAAUACAUCGCAUCCGCCUCCAGAGAAGCCUUUACCAGAGCGACCCUCAACUUCAUCGAAGCAAAUUCUUUCCCUGCCGGAAAAAAAUGAAACUAAGUCUCUCCCGGAGCCUCCUUCAUUGCCACCUGUAUCCCUUGAUAGAAACACUCAGAUUGAGAUCGUGGAGAGCCCGGUGGCACUCUCUUUCCGAGCAUCUAACUCUGAUUCCAUAACGACGGAGUCUAUCCCUACAUCCUCCAAACUUGCACCCGCCGAAGUUUCUCAGCCUGAGUUGGUCAGCCCAACGGAUAGUGCCAUGUCUCAAAGCCCAGUCUUGCCAUUUCAGCGUUUCUUUGGUAAAUCUUUCCGCACUGGCAGUGUCAUUGCUUCGGUCACCGAUUCCUGCAGCACUUAUCCAAACAGUCUGCGUGGCGACAAUGCUAGCAUAGUCUCCCAUGCCUCGACUCGAGCCACCACCCCUGAACAGCAACCCCGCCCAAUGACAAGCUUCGAAAGCUUUCCUUCCGAGGUUGGAUUUGGAAGCGAGGAAUGCUCGAUGGUUGAGGAUAAACUUCUUGAAACGACCUUUGUACACGAGCUUGUGUAUAAUAAGGAUGGUCACAUUUCCGGAGGCUCCCUUGCGGCUCUGGUCGAACAGCUUACUCUUCACGAUUCAACCCCGGACCCGAUGUUUGUGAACACCUUCUACCUCACAUUCCGGCUCUUUACAACUCCUCUCGAGUUUGCAAACUCGCUGAUGCAACGGUUUGAUUACGUUGGCGACAGCUCUGAACUGGGCCUACCGGUACGGCUGCGAAUCUUCAAUGUCUUCAAAGGAUGGCUUGAAAGCCACUGGCAAAGCGACUCCGACACUAUUGUCCUUGAUAACAUCGUUGAAUUUGCAAUGGACAAGCUCCAAGUCUCACUGCCAGCCGCCGGUCGACGCCUAGCUGAGCUCGCUGGUAAGGUGGCAGCUUUCCAUGCCACCUCGAGUGGCGCGCAACUAUUGUCUCAUGUGGGCAAAACCAGUACAUCGAGCUCAAUUUACGCUGGGUCCGAAAAGGAUGCCCCUACUCCUAUCGUGUCUAAAAGCCAAAUGGUUGCCCUGAAGAAUGCACGUCUUGGAGCACCGCUCAGUAUAAUGGACCUCGAUCCGCUCGAACUUGCUAGGCAGUUCACCAUCAUUGAAUCAAGCACGUUCUGUGCUAUUCAGCCCGAGGAGCUUUUAUCAUCCAAAUGGACAAAGAAGAAUGGCGAGAAAGCGCCCAACGUUAGGGCAAUGUCCACUCUAUCGACUGAUCUUGCCAACUUGGUGGCAGACUCAAUCCUCAGUCUCGAAGAUGCUAAGAAAAGGGCACUCAUCAUUAAGAAGUGGGUCAAGAUUUCGAUGAAGUGCUUGGAGCUCAAUAACUAUGACUCGUUAAUGGCAAUAAUCUGUUCCUUGAACUCAUCCAUGGUUCUCCGGCUCAAGCGAACGUGGGAACUGGUGUCGCAAAAGAAUAAGACCCGCCUCGAAGAGCUCAAAAAGAUCGUCGACGUUGGUAGAAACUACGCUAUCUUGCGCCAGAGACUUCAGAACCACGAGGCUCCAUGUAUACCCUUUGUUGGCAUAUACUUGACUGACCUUACGUUCGUUGACGUUGGAAACCAGACCACUCGUCAAUUGCCAAACGACGGUCGUCGUCAGAGCGUUUCUGUUAUCAACUUUGACAAGCACAUCCGCACAGCAAAAAUCAUUGGUCAACUGCAACGAUUGCAGGUACCUUAUAACCUAACGCCCGUGCCAGAGAUGCAGGACUGGCUCGAGGCGCAGAUACAACGCGUUCGAACGAGUGACCAGGCAAACGUACAAAAUUACUACCGCAGGUCGUUGCUCUUAGAGCCGCGUCAAGCAGGCAUUCCAAAUUUCGCAGCUCAAGACAGUUUGUCGAGCACGACAUCUCCUACCAGCGUCGACAAGAAGUUUGAUUUCAUGGGCGCUUUCUCCUUCUCGACUUCUGUGACUAAAGAGAAGGCCACCUAA